CACAUCCUUUCUUCGCCGUUUCUUCGACCGGAGGUUGUGCGUGUUUUUCUUACACCGAGUAUUUUCUGGGGGAAGCAACACUUUGCAGUCAUGACUGGCAGGAAGUUUUUCGUCGGUGGCAACUGGAAAAUGAACGGCGACAAAAAGAGCAUUGAAGAGCUCGCCAAUACAUUGAAUAACGCCAAACUCAACCCAGACACCGAGGUUGUGUGUGGUGCUCCAUCCAUCUACCUCGACUACGCCAGGUCCAAGCUGAAUCCUAACAUUGAUGUCGCGGCACAGACCUGCUACAAGGUUGCAAAGGGAGCCUUUACCGGAGAGAUCAGCCCUGCGAUGAUUAAGGACUGUGGAGUAAAAUGGGUUAUUCUGGGACACUCUGAGAGACGCCAUGUGUUUGGAGAGAGUGAUGAGCUGAUUGGGCAGAAGGUCGCUCAUGCUCUUGAGAACGGUUUGGGUGUGAUCGCCUGCUUUGGUGAGAAGCUGGAUGAGAGGGAGGCCGGAAUCACAGAGAAAGUUGUUUUUGCACAGACCAAGUUCAUCGCAGAUAAUGUGAAGGACUGGAGCAAAGUGGUCCUCGCUUAUGAGCCUGUGUGGGCCAUUGGCACGGGCAAAACCGCAUCACCCCAGCAGGCUCAGGAGGUGCAUGACAAGCUCAGGCAGUGGAUGAAGGCCAAUGUCUCAGAGGCUGUUGCCAACUCCGUCAGGAUCAUUUAUGGAGGAUCCGUCACUGGAGGGACCUGCAAGGAACUUGCUUCUCAGAAAGAUGUGGACGGCUUCCUGGUGGGCGGAGCUUCCUUGAAACCAGAGUUUAUCGACAUAAUUAACGCAAAAGCAUAAAGCCAUCGUCUACCUAAACCCUAAGGCUUAGGUCUGCUCCCAAAUCCUGCUCUUCUUUAGAAAGUGUUAUUGUGGUUUUGUUGCAGUCGCUUCGUAUAUAUAUAUAUUUUGUGUUAUUACAAAGGGACAGAUUGACGCGUACUGAACACUCAAGGGUUUUAUUCCACUGAAACGCAUGCAGCCGAGUGUGUUAUUAGUCCUCCUACAAAAGUGAACUACAGGACUGUAAUGAGAACCAUCAUGGGGCUUAGAGCCUACGCCUUUACUUGAAUAAUGUUUACCCACAUUCUCGUGUAUAGUGUCAAAAAUCUAGGAUGAAGUCAAUCAACUUAAGUGUCUUUUUAAUUCAAGCGAAACUACUUUCCAUGAAUGUGGUUGUCCUGAUGUUUUCCUGUCCCUCAAAGAGUGUCUCUGAGUGGCCUAUCCUGAAGGUGCUCCUAUGUAAUAACCAAUGUCAUUUGGUAUGAAGGGAUGACAAAAAUAUUCGAAUAAAUGUUUCAGAAUGUAGACCUAA